AUGAGCAGCCGAGGAGCUCAUAGGGAGGAAGAGGAGGAAGACUUCUACGACUGUCAGGACAGCAUGGAGACGAAGGAGGAAGAGGAGAAGGAGGAAGAGCUUCCGAAAACAGACAGAAUAAUUGGGAGAGGAGCCAAAGAGAGGAAGCGAUGGACAGAGGGAGGAGGGGACGAACGGGAGCGUCAGGAGGAAGAGGAGCUUCAGGAGGAAGAGGAGCGUCAGGAGGAAGAGGAGCUUCAGGAGGAAGAGGAGAGUCAGGUCUUUCAGGAUUCAGAUGAAGAAACGUCCAGAGUGGAGUUUGACGAUGUCUACCUGAGGGAGGUGGAGAAGGAGCUGACGGAGGAGGAGAAGGAGAGUCGUCGGCAGCAGAGCGUCGCUCUGAAGGAAACGGGAAACGGCCUAUUCAAAGCCGGAGACUGGAAAGAGGCGGAGCUAAGCUACACCCAGGCCUUGGCUCUAUGUCCAGUUAGCUGCAGCAGAGAAAGAGCAGUGAUGUUCUCCAACAGAGCGGCUGCAAGGAUGCACCUGGAUCUGAAGGACCAGGCCAUCUCAGACUGCAGCAGAGCAAUAGAUCUGGAUCCAGAGUACCUGCGGGCGUUGCUGAGGAGGGCGGAGCUUUAUGAGAAGUCGGAGAAGCUUGAUGAAGCUCUGGAGGACUACAGAAAGGUUCUGGAGCGAGAUCCGAGCCACAGUGGAGCACAGCAGGCCUGCAUGAGGCUGCCUCAGCAGAUUGAGGAGCGAAACGAGAAGCUAAAGGAGGAGAUGAUGGGUAAGCUGAAGGACCUGGGCAAUCUGAUCCUGCGGCCGUUCGGACUCUCCACUAGCAACUUCCAGGUCGAGCAGGACUCGUCCAGCGGUACCUUCUCCAUCAACUUUGUCCAGAACCCCAAUAACAGCCACACCGGAUGAUGUAAUCGUGACAUCACAGAAACAGAUUAUCAAAUUAUGGUUGAGGUUCCUGAUUGGUUAAAGCUACAGGAUACCGCAGGACAUUGCAACGCCAGACUUCAGACUCAACCAAUCAGGAGCUUGCUUUCUGAUGACAUAAUCUGCUGUAUCAGCUGUUAAUAAAGCAAACAAGAAGUGA